UUUGCUGCUUCCUUGUGACCUUUGGGGGAGAUUUAUCAAAACCUGUGCAGAGCAAAAGUAAUGUAGUUGCCCAUAGCAACCAGUUUGUUUCUUUCGUUUUUCAGAGGCCUUUUUAAAAUGAAAUAAUUUCAUAGGUUGCUAUGGGCAACUGCACCACGUAUGUUUUUUCACAGAUUGUGAUAAAUCUCCCCACUUGUCUAUGAGUUUUAGGACUCUCUGGAUGAGGUCCCAGUCCCUCCCCCUGGGCAGUGUUGGUGCAGUCCUGAGCGUUAUAAGCGUGCAUGUGCAGCUGACUCUAGUCAGUGUCUAAUCACAGGGAUGGAGGGGGAGAGCAGAGCCGAGCGGGAUCACACAUGGCCGGACAAGUGUACGGCUCCGCGGCCUGACGACAAGUGGAGGGAAGCGCCAGAGCAUGACGGGGCGCUAGAUAGACAAGACGGGAUGACGAGCGCCCCCUGCCGAUUACUGCUCGACAUGAGCGAUGAAGUCCUGCUGCUGAUCUUGGAUCUCCUCGACCCGUUCUCUCUGCUCCGCGUCAGUGCGGUGUGCAGCACAUUGUACCGGAUCAGCAGCACAGACAGCCUCUGGGCCAAGCACUGCAUGGUUGCUUUUGGUUCUGGUUUUAGAACAGGCUGUGCUGACUGCACCCCUAAAGACUCCUUUAAGCUUAUAUACAUGUGGAAGAAGUUGUACAGGACUCUGCCUUAUAACCGACAAUUACAGGACUUGUUUUUCUCUGGAGUUCCUCCCAAAAAAUAUUGGGUGCAGUGGCUUACCCUAGAAGAAAUGGUCCCGCUCCCCCCUGUCCAGCUCCCUGCACAUGAAAUUGAAGAAAUCUGGGGAAUCACGAAAGAUCUUCUUGAUGAAAAACAUGAAGUUACAGAGGAGUCUUUGGAAGAAGUUCAGGACACUGUUUACAAAUAUGAGUGGAAGGAACUACAUAACUUGGCACUUUUGCACCAUAGGGAAUACCCAAAUCUGCAAUCACACGUGCUGAAAAAACUAAGUUCUGAAUGCCAUGAUGAUCUAGAGUGGCUUUAUUGUCAAUACAAAACAAACUGUUUCCAGUGGCUAUUUUCCUAUUGGCUCUUUGGACUCUCAAAAUCAUGUGCAAAACAGCUACAGCGAAUUUACUUGUGGUGGCAAAGGUAUGAUGGCAAGAAAGUAUCUCAUUGGGGUUCUACAGACUCUAACGUCAAGUAUCUUGCAUCUCUUCAUAACAUAACAGAAGACUUCUGGAAUGGAAAGCUGGCCAACGGAGAUGAAAACAUAGGUAUUCAAACGGUUGAGAACUACUUCUCGAUGUGCAGAUCUCUUCUGGCUUGGAUACUUGGUCGUAAAUGGGGAAGAUUUAAACAAAAGAAGGUCUACAAAGACGCAUUAGAUGGAGUGUACCGUAUGCUGAAACAUGAGAUCAAAGUUUCCUUGGUUAAUCAUGAUCAGUUCUGGAUGGCAGCAAAAGUCCAAAUGUCCAGAAUCUGCAGCCUUGAGAAAAUUGCUGGCAACUAUGUGAACUGGAAGAUAAUUGACGUACUCCCAUGUUACAGGAUGUUCAUGGCCACUGGAGAUUCUCUCUAUCUAGAUCAAAUCAAAGGCUUUUUGUUCAGAAAGCAACUAAUAAACAACUGGAUCCUUCAAGAAGAGAAUUUCUGGGUGAGCAAUCUUCUCCCACAAAGCCUCUUCCAGCUGCUGGAAUAUGACACAAAAAUAUAUGAAGAGAGCCUGCAUGGAGAUACAGUGGGGGCGCACUUGAGCAGAUUAAUCUGGCUGUAUCUGCAUUCUGGUCAGCAGCUCUACAUGGAUGCCAUGAAGGGUUUUGUUUAUGAAUGUGCUUAUGCAAGCUACGCUUCUCAAAUCUAUGACAGUGCCAGCUUAGCAGCCUAUGUUGGGAUCUAAGUUCUUUCUUUUAUUUUUAAUUUUAUGCAAUUGCACUUUUAGGACUUUUUAAAUCCCAUUCUUUGCUGUUUAAAAAAAAAAAUGAAUGUGUAAAUAUGAAACUUCUGAUACUAGCAGAUUUUUAGCUGUAUAUUUGGGUUUUUAGAUCCUAAACUUUUUUUAUAUCGGGUAUAAUUUUUAAAAUGUAGGUAUGUUGGGAUGCCUUAGCACUUUGCUAUUACUCUGCAGGCCAGCUAGUGAUCAAUGUUAAUUUUUAAAUCUUUUAUACAUUAGGAUUUUAGAAAUUUAAGCUCAAAGUGAGGUCUUUUCUCUGGGACUGAUUUUAUGUAGGGUCUUUCACUUGUUCCUAAUAACCUUUGACAUUGCACCUAACUUAUCACUUUCUGAAGAUGUCUUAACACUUUCUGUAAGAUCAUCAUUCUCACUUGCUGUAAUAGAUAUAAUGCCAUGUACAUUUAGUUUGAUACUCUAGAGUUUUUAUGUACAAGAUGUGUUAAACCUAAAAUCUCAUGGCAAUAAAUGCCUACUU